CGCAAAUCAAUGCCGUUUUCUCUGCUAAAAAAUUGGUAAAAGGUAGAUAGAAUGAAACUCACAACAAUUUAUUGCUCAUUUCAUGGUAUACGGAAUUUGGUUUCAUGCCCAAGUAAGCAUGCUUUUGGUUUCCAAUUUAGAUGCUGGAGGUCGGCGGCAGAAGGUGAUAUUGUGCAUUUUAGGACAGAAGAUAUUGAUAAUGACUAUUUAUUAGAAACUCGCACGAUUUCCUCGCGCGGGCACCUUAGGCGGGCUCUUUCUCUGUUCUACUCCUCGAGACAACCUCAUUCCCACCAGACCUAUGCGUAUCUCUUUCAUGUUUGUGCACGCCUCCGCUGCCUCCAAGAAGGCGUGGGGCUGCACCGUUACAUGUUGUCUCAAAAUCCCAUGGUCUCAUUUGAUCUCUUUGUUACCAAUCAUCUUAUCAACAUGUAUUGUAAAUGUGGUCACUUAGACUAUGCCAACCAAUUAUUUAAUGAGAUGCCUAGGAGAAACCAUGUCUCUUGGACUGUGCUUAUAUCCGGACUUUCUCAGUAUGGUCAUGUGGACGAGUGCUUCUAUAUAUUUUCGAGAAUGUUGGUAGAUCAGAGGCCCAAUGAGUUUACAGUUGCAAGUCUGCUUACCUCAUUUGGUGAGCACGACGGUGAACGUGGGCGGCAGAUACACGGAUUUGCCUUGAAAAGGUCUUUAGAUGCCUCUGUUUAUGUUGCAAAUGCUCUUAUUACCAUGUAUAGCAAGAGUUACUCUGAAGAUGGUACUUUUAAUGAUGGUAAAGAUGAUGCAUGGACUAUGUUCAAGAGCAUAGAAAAUCCCAGCCUUAUAACGUGGAACUCGAUGAUUGCAGGGUUUUGUUUCCGAAAACUUGGAUACCAGGCUAUCUAUUUAUUUAUGCAAAUGAAUCGUCAUGGAAUUGGGUUUGAUCGUGCAACACUUUUAAGCACUUUGUCUUCCACACGUUUCUGCAACAGGGAUGAAUUUGGGUGGAGAUUGGGCUUUUGUCAUCAGAUACACUGUCAAGCGUUAAAAACUGCUUUCACUUCUGAAAUUGAAAUAAUUACUGCAUUAGUGAAAACUUAUGCAGAACUUGGAGGGAAUAUUGCGGAUAGUUAUAAACUUUUUGUUGAAGCUGGAUAUAAUCGGGAUAUAGUUUUAUGGACCAGCAUUAUGGCAGCUUUUAUAGACCAUGACCCUGGGAAAACUCUUUCCCUAUUUUGUCAGUUCCGACAAGAAGGUUUAACUCCAGAUGGACACACCUUUUCAGUUGUAUUGAAGGCUUGUGCUGGAUUUCUAACCGAGAAGCAUGCCUCAAUAUAUCAUUCACUGCUAAUUAAAUCUAUGUCUGAGGAUGACACUGUCCUUAACAAUGCCUUGAUUCAUGCUUAUGGGAGAUGUGGUUCAAUUUCUUCCUCUAAGAAAGUGUUCAAUCAAAUGAAACAUCAUGAUUUGGUUUCUUGGAACACAAUGAUGAAAGCCUAUGCUCUCCAUGGUCAAGCUGAAAUUGCAUUGCAGCUUUUUACAAAGAUGAAUGUGCCACCUGAUGCUACUACAUUUGUCUCUCUUCUUUCAGCAUGUAGCCAUGCUGGGCUCGUGGAAGAAGGGACCAGCCUUUUCAAUUCAAUUACAAAUUAUGGUAUCGUUUGUCAACUAGAUCACUAUGCUUGCAUGGUUGACAUUUUGGGGAGAUCUGGUCGAGUUCAAGAGGCUCAUGAUUUUAUAAGUAAGAUGCCUAUAGAACCUGAUUUUGUUGUUUGGAGUUCAUUCCUGGGAUCAUGUAGGAAGUACGGUGCAAUAGGAUUGGCCAAAUUAGCAUCUUGUAAAUUGAAGGAGUUAGAUCCUAGCAACUCCUUAGCUUAUGUGCAAAUGUCAAAUCUAUAUUGCUUCAAUGGCAGUUUUUAUGAAGCAGACUUAAUUAGGACGGAAAUGACAGGGUCUAGAGUGAGAAAGGAACCCGGAUUAAGUUGGGUAGAAAUAGAAAAUCAAGUGCACGAGUUUGCAUCUGGAGGACGCUGUCAUCCACAGAGGGAGGUCAUAUGCAAUGAGCUUGAAGAAUUAAUUGGGAGGUUAAAGGAGAUUGGUUAUGUGCCCGAGACAAGGUUAGCAUUUUAUGACGUGGAACAAGAGCAAAAAGAGGAGCAACUAUAUCAUCAUAGCGAGAAGUUGGCUUUGGUUUUUUCUGUAAUGAAUGAUUAUAACUUGGGUUGUGUCAAUAAUCCUAUAAGAAUUAUGAAAAACAUCCGAAUUUGUGUAGAUUGUCAUAAUUUCAUGAAGUUAGCUUCAAGGCUACUUCAGAAGGAGAUUGUCAUUAGAGACUCUAAUCGGUUUCAUCAUUUCAUGGCUGGUUUAUGCUCGUGCAAUGACUACUGGUAAUCAAUCGGCAUCAAGCAUUCAAGUACCUGAGUUUCCACUGCAAUCAUCCAUAGUUUGUAACCUCCAAUAUGAACAGGAUAAAGUUGUUUUCAGUAACAUUGCCACUUAUAUCAAUAAUCUCUCAGUUCCUAACUGAUUAUAAAAUUUUAGGAGGUGAAGACGUGGUUGGUCCUGGUUUCUACUUCUUGUUGAAGUAUGGUACCACAGCUUCUUAAGGACACACAAAAGUUUUGAUGCCCCAUGAAGGUUGCAGUCACAGUACCAAAUUGAACUGCAAAUGAUACUAUAAGCGGGUGAUGUCGUAAUGGUACCUGACUGUUUUUUAUCUACAAGAUGAUACUCCUUUUCAAGCUCAACCUUAGAUGAUUUACUCCUCCAUGGAGAGGCCGACGUUUUCUGACUCAAGUAUUGAUCCUUGUCCAAUAUCAGAAAAAAGAAAAAACCAUACCCUGCAGCUUGUUAUCAUUACCAAGAAAAAAGAAGAAAUAAACUCUCUCUCUCUCUCUAAAAAAUAAAAAAGAAAAGAAAACCCAAUACACAGAAAAGACCAAUUCCAGACUUGUGGAAGUUGCUUUUACCAACUGCAAACAAGAAGCUUCUCCAUUAUAGUGACUAUAAAGGAUGGAAGUGCCAAUCAUUGUGCAACUUCUAAUUCAUUUGGGUUUCUUAAUCAUUGUCUUUAUAUUAACUAACCGGACUUCAUCACACCUUUGAUUUUUGUCCUUCAGCAGACUACCUCAAGUUAGGUUCAAAUGUUUCUCAAAUUCAUAAUAUUUAUGUAAUUCCUCGUAUAUUUCUUGUUAUUGGCAUUAUUAUUUUUUCCUGCGGGAAAAUACAAAUAUAUAUAUAUAUAUAUUUGAAGAAUAAAAUACUACCAAAGAAGGAAAACAAGGUACUCCCAAUUCCCAAACCUAUCAAUCAAUCAAAACUUGUGGAAGCAUUGCCCC